AUGGAUGCAGCCUUUAGAGAGAUUGUGGACAUCGGAUUGGUGAAGUUCCGAAACCCCAAGGUCCAUUGGGAACGUCAAAAGUCGAGGACAAAUCUACGACACGCGGCGACAAACAUUUCCCAUCUCUUUCCGGCUGCUCCCACAAAGCCCUUUCCCUUUUAUGUUGAAUGUCCACCUGCAGGACCUGGGGCUGGAUGCUCUUCCUCCCAAGCGUUCCCCUUCCCUCUGACCAACACUUAUUCUGCCACCAGGAAGCCGUCUUUGGAGACAAUGCGAGGAAUGGAUGCCUUGAACAGGCAUCCAUCGGUCCUCUUUCGGAGGGAGUUCGACGGUUUUAAAAAGACAUUCUUUUACUAUCCCACUGUCGCUUUUCAUUGGGAAAACGAAACAGUUUAUGACUCACCCUCCAAUCCUUAA